CCUUCCCGCCGCAGUGCUCGGGCGCGUGUGCGCGGCGCCCUGCCCCCGCCCGGCCCCGGCCCCGACAGCCCGCCGCCAUGGCCGACGAGCUGGACUUCACCACGGGCGACGCCGGCGCCUCGUCCACCUACCCCAUGCAGUGCUCGGCGCUGCGCAAGAACGGCUUCGUGGUGCUCAAGGGGCGCCCCUGCAAGAUCGUCGAGAUGUCCACCUCCAAGACGGGCAAGCACGGCCACGCCAAGGUCCACUUGGUUGGUAUCGAUAUCUUCAAUGGUAAGAAAUACGAAGAUAUUUGCCCAUCAACUCAUAACAUGGAUGUUCCAAACAUCAAGAGGAAUGAUUACCAACUGAUAGGUAUUCAGGAUGGCUAUCUCUCCCUGCUGACAGAAAGUGGUGAAGUUCGUGAGGAUCUAAAGUUGCCAGAAGGCGAUCUGGGCAAAGAAAUCGAAGGAAAGUUCAAUGCCAAUGAAGAUGUGCAGAUAUCCGUCAUAAGUGCAAUGAAUGAAGAAUGUGCUGUAGCCAUAAAGCCUUGCAAAUAAAGAGGAUCGCCAGCCCCGGGCAACUGCUCAGGUGUCGUGGAGCGUGGAGGAGCGUGCAGCGGCUCGACGUGCCGGGAUCCUCGGAGGCUCUUCGCCGCCUGCGGUCCGGCCCUAUGGUGUCUGGCUCCGGGAGUAACUCGCCGUGUGAGCUUAGAGCCGCUGAGCUGAUCUAAAUGUUUGCUGUGUAUCACUGAAACCCCUGUUCUCGGUCCUUGUGCUGUGUGUUGUAACCGUGCCCCGGCGCAAGCCUGGGGAGGUGUCCCCUGGUCGCAGGGGACCCAAGCCCUGUCAGAGCCGUCACCCGAGGGAACGUCGGUCCCUGUGGUGCCGGCUCCACGCGUGUUUGUUUUAGCAGAUGCGUUGUUUUAUACCACACCACCAACGAGGUGAAAAAUGUCGCUGUCUGUUUUGCUCCAGAAAUAAUAAAAGAUCUCGGUGUUGUGGGGGAGCUGAGCCGUGCUUGCCGUGUGUGAGGUUGGGGUGCUUAUGGUUACGGGGUCUGUUGGUUCGGGUGAGGUUGGGUGGUGAUUCCGCGGUGUUUGCAGCUUUUCUGUCAGGCGCCCGCUCGGCGCCCUCCUUGUCGCUGCUGGCCGGCCCCUGUGCUUGCCGGGUGACGAACACUGUUUUUUAACGCUCGAGCAGCUCGGCCUAGAAUUGUACGAGAGGAAGAAACGCUGUCGUUCCUGUUCCUACUGACAAUUACUGACAAUAAAGAGGUGACUCGCUGCG